AUGAUGUCAGUGGCCAGCUUGUUUUCUUUUACUAGUCCAGCAGUAAAGCGAUUGUUGGGCUGGAAACAAGGUGAUGGGGAGGAGAACUGGGCAGAAAAGGCAGUAGAUGCUUUGGUGAAUAAGCUAAAAAAGAAAAAUGGUGCCAUGGAGGAACUGGAGAAAGCCUUGAGCAGUCCAGGACAGCCGAGCAAAUGGGUCACUAUUCCCACCUUUGAUGGACACCUGCAAGUUUCUCACAGAAAAGGCCUAUCCCACAUUAUAUAUUGCCAUGUUUGGCCCUGGCCUGACUUGCAGAGUCAUCAUGAGCUAAAGCCAUUCAAUAUUUAUGAAUUUCCUUUUGGAUCUAAGCAAAAAGAAGUUUGUAUCAACCCAUACCACUGUAAGAGAGUGGAGAGUCCAGUUUUACCUCCAGUAUUAGUGCCUCGUCGUAAUGAAUUUCAUACACAACACAGCCUUCUGGUUCAGUUUAGGAACCUGAGCCACAAUGAACCACGCAUGCCACAAAAUGUCACGUUUCCAGAUUCUUUCCACCAGCCCAACAACACUCCUUUUCCCUUGUUGCCAAAUAGCCCUUACACCCCUCCCCCUGCUAGCAGUACAUAUCCCAACUCCCCAUCAAGUUCUGGACCAGGAAGUCCUUUUCAGCUCCCAGCUGAUACUCCUCCUCCUGCCUAUAUGGCACCUGAUGAUCAGAUGGGUCAAGAUAAUUCCCAGCCUAUGGAUACAAGCAAUAACAUGAUUCCUCAGAUUACGCCCAGUGUAUCCAGCAGAGAUGUUCAGCCUGUUGCUUAUGAAGAGCCCAAGCAUUGGUGUUCGAUUGUCUACUAUGAAUUAAACAAUCGUGUUGGUGGAGCUUUUCAUGCGUCUUCUACUAGUGUAUUAGUAGAUGGAUUCGCAGAUCCUUCAAAUAACAAAAGUAGAUUCUGCUUGGGAUUGUUGUCAAAUGUUAAUCGUAAUUCGACAAUUGAAAAUACUAGGUGGCAUAUUGGAAAAGGUGUCCGUCUGUGCUAUGUUGGUGGGGAGGUGUAUGCAGAGUGCCUCAGUGACAGCAGCAUAUUUGUACAGAGUAGGAACUGCAACUUUCAUCAUGACUUUCGUCCUACUACCGUAUGUAAGAUUCCCAGCAGCUAUAGCCUCAAAAUUUUUAACAAUCAGGAGUUUGCUCAGCUUCUGGCUCAGUCUGUCAACCAUGGGUUUGAGGCUAUAUAUGAGCUCACCAAAAUGUGUACCAUUCGAAUGAGUUUUGUCAAGUACUGGGGAGCAGAAUGUCACAACCAACAGGAUGUUACCAGCACCCCAUGUUGGAUUCAUCUUCAUGGGCAUCUUCAGUUGCUGGAUGAAGUCCUCACCCAGAUGGGUUCACCUUUGAACCCCAUAUCUUCUGUUUCAUAG